GCCUCCCUGUCAGUUGUCUUCAUUUUUGCUGAACACCACGACCACGAACUAGAUGACGGAGUCGGUCUCAACUACUGGUUUUCCUUUCCUCCGUUGUUGAUAUUUGUCUUCCGCAUAUUCUCCACGCAUCGCCUUCGCUUUUUCGUCCCCUACGACCGCCUUCUCGUCCAUCCCCUUUUUUAUACCCCGGAUUCGAACCCAGCACCGGUGUAAUGGUAAUGCCUUGAAGAAUUGUCAUUUGUCCUUUUUACUUCCCUCUUAAUUCGCGGCUUCGUCUUCUCGCCAUUCAUUUACACCUUUUUACAAACUAUAUUUUUUAUUCGAUAGAAUUAUGCCGAAGAACAAUCGACCUGCGACGUCUGGUUAUGCCCGUUUGGCCCAGGAGGAGGAGGAUAGACAUAACGACCCCUACGAAUAUUCGGACGACGAUGAAUUGUACAACACUUCCAGCACAGCCAAUCCCUAUGGUACACAAUAUGAACCCAUUUCGACUCGAGGCUCGAUGCCGCCCGGGUCAGGGACACCCCCGGAGCCCCGACGGAGAUCGAGCGGGCACCAUCGUCGAGGGCGGCGCAACUCGGCUGUGGAUAUUAAGGCGAUCAAUGCACGUCUUGAGCGCUGGGCGGAGGAGUUUGCCUCGAAAUUUAAGAUCCACCGUGUAAAAGGAAAGACACUGGAGGAGGAGAAGCUGGAGAUCUAUCACUCUGUUUUCCAGCCUCCGCCUGGUAUCCAACCGAUCACGGCUGAGGAAUUGGACUCGGAGGAGGCCGAAACUGCUACAAGGAAGGCUCGAGAUGGAUUCGAGGAGGUUGUGGAGAGUGUGCGGUUGGCCAUAGAACUGGGAGUUCACCCGCGCAUGAUUUCCCAAGGCAGUUCGGGGAGUUACUUUGCACGCAAUGGCGAAGGCAAAGUUGUCGGGGUUUUCAAACCCAAGGAUGAAGAGCCUUAUGCGUCGCGAAAUCCCAAAUGGACCAAGUGGAUACAUCGCAAUCUAUUCCCUUGUUUCUUUGGCCGUGCCUGCUUGAUUCCUAACCUCUCCUACGUCUCCGAAGCGGCUGCCUAUGUGCUCGACUCUCGUCUCCGUACCAACAUGGUCCCUUAUACCGAUAUAGUGUGGUUGUCUUCCAAGUCGUUUUAUUACGAUUUCUGGGAUCGAAGAAAGGCUUGGAUGGGCAAGAAAUCCCUCCCUCAUAAGGCUGGCAGUUUUCAGGUUUUCCUUAAGGGAUACAGAGAUGCCAACCUCUUCCUCAGAGAGCACCCGUGGCCCGAUCAGACAAAUACCGGUUUCCGUGCCGAGGACGCGCCGAGACGCAAGAAACGGCCUUGGAAUGAGGCAUGCCGACCGUCUGGGAUACAGUCCGACGAUGAAGAUGAGGAAGACGACAUGGAAGACUAUGCUCGCACGCCAUCCCCACAAGAAGAAAGCCAGGAACGGCGGUUUUACUGGACCGAAACACUCAAACAAUCUUUCCGAGAAGAGCUGGAAAAGCUAGUUAUUCUGGACUACAUCAUGCGGAAUACGGAUCGUGGUUUGGACAACUGGAUGAUCAAGAUUGAUUGGAAGACUGAGGAUGUCUCGAUCGUUGCAGAGCCUCCGAAGCAAAACCAAAAUGAAACCCAACAGGACGACGACGAUUACUUGGUACCCCCACGGCCGGUCUCAGUCAACUCGGACAAACCACGCUCACCUUCAUACCCCUAUCGACGACACGAGACGAUGCAGGCUGUGAGCCGCACGGGAACGCCCUUGAAUGCCCAGGAGGCUCCGGCGACUAUCCAAAUUGGAGCCAUCGACAAUAGUUUGUCGUGGCCAUGGAAACAUCCCGAUGCUUGGCGUAGUUUCCCCUUUGGCUGGUUGUUUUUGCCGGUUUCUCUGAUCGGGCAGCCAUUCUCUAAGAGGACUCGAGACCAUUUCCUGCCAUUAUUAACCUCGACCGCCUGGUGGAGUGGCACUCAGAUGGCUUUGCGACGUGUGUUUUCGCAAGACGAUGAUUUCAAAGAGAGCAUGUUUGCGAGACAGAUUGCCGUCAUGAAGGGCCAAGCGUGGAACGUAGUGGAAACACUAAAACACUCUGAUCAUGGCCCGCUUGAGCUUACGCGGAGAACCCGCGUUUGUGUUUGGGACGACCUGGUAGAUGUCCCUGUUGCCAUCCCUCUUCGUGGACCGUCAACGGAAGCCCAGCGACGUAAGGUCAGAACUUACGACGACCGCUACGACCCCGACAACGAAGAAAUGGAUAUUGGCGCUGCUAUGGCUGAUCAGGACUUGAUGGGAUUUGCGUCCCCCCCGAGCGACCUUCCUAACCCAAAUCGGUUUGAACUCAACCGCGCCCGUGGAUCUCAGGAUUCUGGACGCCCUCAAACAGCCAGCACCACAGACUAUGGGCUUAGCCGCGGCAGUACUGAUGCGUCUAGUUCAAGGAAGAAUGGUGACGCAAACUGGCCGUCACUUCCACCCAGACCUGGUAACAAACAUCAGAAACACAGUUCCCUCUCCGACGCACGAGGUCAAAUUAUCUGGAGCAGUGACGAUUUGGAAGGCGACCUCGGUUAUGCCGCCGCCGAGGGCAUGGAAGGAAACCAGCGCAAAGUUAUUGUUGAACGAUUAGAGGCUGUCAAGAGUAAAAACCCUGUUUUUACGUGGUGCUAACGCUUUACUUUUGCUUUCUCUGCCACAAUUUACCCUGUCUGAGUUGUUAUACUAGAUGCGACAGUUAGUUCGCUUGCAUGACUCUUUCUCUUUCUUCACCUCCACCCCUACCCUCAUCAUGACUUUAUAUUCCUUUCAUCUUAUUUUUAUUUAGCGUCCUUGUUGCGGCAAACAGGCAUGAGGAGUCUCUUAGCUACGAGGAGUGGCUUUUGGCUGGGAAUUACCACCCCAAUGUUGUAUUGUAUAUAGACGUAUAGCUAGCUUCUUUACUAAUUAUCAUGGUCCCCGGAGGAAUCUCGCCAUUUUUCCUGUAAGUUGGAGAUGUCUCGAAAUUAGGAAGAAAAUGAGACUUGUUUUGAGAGGUCGUGAGGCCAGAGUG